ACUACCCUCUCUCUCUCUCUCUCUCUCUAAAAACCUUCAAAAAUCUCGGCUUUCACUUGCCAGAAGCCCUGGACACCACCUAAAAGAGCUGGAACCUUUACUUAGGUUCUGCGGUCAUGGAUGAACCUGAAGGGGCGGCAACAGCCAAGAAUAGUGAGGAAACCCUUAUGGUGAAUUUGGAUCGAGCUGAAGAUGAAAGUGAUGUAAUGUUUGAGGUGAAGGGCUCUGAAGUGUUUGUUGAUGGGGACAGCCUGAAUAAGGCGGAUUCUGAGUUUAGAAGUGAAGAUUUGGAUGGUGGAAGCAAUUUUGUGGCAAAAGAUGGCAAUGCGGCCUCUGCUCGUUCGGAAAGGGAAUCUGAAGGUGGAGUUGAAGAUGAUGUUUCGGAGGCAGCCCGAGAUGUUGAUUUAGUAUCUAUGUCUGCUGAGCCAGAUGAUCUAGUAACGAAUUGUGGGGGGAUUGGUUGUGUGAAUGGAGACUCAAAGAGUUCAGAAGAACAACUUACUACUGAAGAUGGUGUGUUCAUUCCUGAAAGAGAGGAGAAAUGUUGUUUAAAUGGUGAAGAAGCUUCACAUGGCUUCUGUGCAAAUGCUGCCGGGGUUUCAUCAUCUUCAGAGGAAAAACAAGGUCUGGUACUGUGUUGAAUCCAUUACAAUUUACAAACGUGUCAUGAUAUAUAUGUACAUAUAUAGAUUGUUCUGUUAUUUCCAUCAUCUCCGAUGGAGCCAAAAUUUCACCAUUUUUUGGCUUUGGGGUGUGAUGGAAUAAAUCAAAAUGGAUCUCUAAACUGUCUGCGCUUCUUUAAUUAAUGAAGUAGCAGUUAGUCAAGCAAUGCAACUUUCGACGUUGAGCCGGGGGUCUCUUUGGAAACAGCCUCUCUACUUUCAAGUAGGGGCAAGGUCUGCGUACACACACCCUCCCCAGACCCUACUCUUGUGGGAUUU